AAAUUGAAUGAGCCAUGUCAAAGCAUUCACGUCCGCCAGCUAAGAACAAGACACCUCGGACAAUAUGGCAUCUCCAAAAGGCCGUUUCUGGAACAUGGACACCGAGGCAUGUGGCAUCCCCAUCUCUCCUUUCUCCUUGCCAUCUCCGCCGAGACGACCAAGACUCUUCUCAGAACGUCAACCCCGGUAUUCUCCCACCACCAAAAUGCUCAUCACCGUGCUUCAGCGGGGCCAAGCGCCAAGUAGGUAGAGUGGAAAUUCAGCCGGCGGCGCCGCCGGCUCCUUGGUGUGAGGGGAGGCGGAACCGGGGAGAGAUAGAUGCGGGGAGGAGAUCCACGAUGAGAUACCUAGGUAUGAGGGAUUGCAUUGGGUCGAGACAAGUAUAGAAAGGGUGAACAUGGCCGCCUCGGGCCACCUUUGGCGAUCAUUUACUUCUCCCAGGGUUCACUAUCUCUGGGAACAACACCGUCCCUUUCUGUCAUCUAGCCCCAACCUACCUAUCUACCACGCAACAUGGCAACCACGAAACAAGAUGCCGCUGAGAUUGAAAGGGCGUCUCCCGCAAGGAGUUUGACCAACUCUCAAGAAAAGGAACCCAUCAUUGAAGCACUUGACGAUGAUCCUGUCUACAGCUACCAAGAACAGCGCAAGAUUAUCCAACGCCUUGACUGGCGCCUCAUCACUGUUGCCGGCAUCAUCUAUAUGAACAGUCUAAUGGAUCGAGCCAAUCUACCAAACGCGGCUAUUGCUGGCAUGAACGUAGACCUUGACAUGGAAGAUGGAUAUGGAUAUUCAAUCAUUGCCCUCGUUUUCUUCGUUACCUAUACUCUCUUCCAACCCCCGGCAACCAUUCUGACGAGAAAGCUCGGCCCACGACCUUUUCUAUCAGGAAUCUGUCUGGCUUGGGGUGCAGUCAUGGUGGGUUUUGGUUUUGUUCAGACCUGGCAAACUUUGAUCCCAUUACGACUGCUCUUGGGUCUCUUCGAGGCUGGCUACUUUCCAGGUGUUGUCUAUUUGAUUUCAACGUGGUAUUCCAGAUACGACAUGCAGAAGCGAUAUGCGGCCUUCUACGCACUCGGUCUAGUGUCGGCGGGUUGCUCCGGCAUUCUCGCAUAUGGCUUGAUGCAAAUGGAUGGCCUCGGUGGCCUAGAAGGCUGGCGAUGGAUUUUUAUCAUCUUUGGUCUCAUGACUGUCGCUGCCGCCGUUAUCGGUGUUCUCUUCCUCGUCGACUUCCCAGACGUUGCUGUUAAUAAGCAAAAUUGGAAGUUUUUGAGUAAAGAAGAGAUCGAAUUUAUCCUCCGUCGAAUCAACAAGGAUAGACAAGAUGCGAGUUCCGAGCCAUGGAACUUUAGAGCAUGGCUGUCCGCGGGAAAAGAUUGGAAGAUUUGGAUGUUUGCACUUCAAUUCUUCUCGCUUACGACUCAGACGUAUUCCAUCGCUUACUUCCUCCCAAUUAUUCUCCGCCAGAACAUGGGAUUUUCGAUCGGCGACUCACAGAUGCUGACAGCACCUCCGUACGGGGGAGCUGCUAUUGUCAUGUUUAUUUGUGCUUGGGUUGGUGAUAAGUAUCGCGUCCGUGGACCUUUGAUGCUUUUCACUUGCUCCCUUUCUCUGAUUGGAUUGCCACUUUUGGGAUGGGCUGAGAGCGCUGCUGCUCGAUACUGUGGUACAUUCCUGAUUGCAGCCGCGGCGAAUGGCGGCGUGCCGACCGUCAUGGCAUAUCAAGCCAACAAUAUUCGAGGCCAGUGGAAGCGUGCAUUCGCUUCAGCUACCCUAGUGGGUUUUGGCUCCAUCGGUGGUAUUGCUGGCAGUACUGUGUUCCGCACGCAAGACAGUCCAACAUUCCGACCCGGUAUCUGGGCAUGUAUCGCGGUGAACAUUAUGAUUAUCAUUAUUGUAGCCAUCAACACAUACGUUUUCCGGCGACAAAAUAGGAGGGCUGAUCGAGGCGAGGUCAUCCUCGAGGGUGAUCCAAACUUUCGAUAUACGAUCUAAAGUGGCAUUCUGAGAGAGCUGUCCGCCAAGAAACGAACGACGACAGCCCCUGCUCCCAUGGCAUACGCGGACUCGACCUUCAAACAGUCAGAACACUUGGGCUAGACCCGGUACGCUGGAGUGUCUGGACAGGGACCUCAUGGGUCUUCUACGAGAUGAGUAUUUUGAGGGUGAUAAGUUGGCAUACACAUUGUGUUCUGAUGCAUGGGGCCUGCUACCCUGUAGUUGCUAGUCUUCAAUUUAG